AUGCGGGUUACUGCGCGCUCCACGAGGCCUGUUCUCCGCGGCUGGCUCUCCAUCGUACAGCACUUACUGGAGCACGGGGCCGACAUCAACUGCAGUGCACAGGACGGCACCAGGCCUCUUCACGAUGCUGUGGAAAACGAUCAUCUAGAUGUGGUCCGACUGUUGCUGUCAUACGGCGCCGAUCCAACUUUAGCUACCUAUUCGGGCCGCAGUUUGCUGAAGAUGACCCACAGCGACAUAAUGGAGUCUUUUCUGUCUGAUUACUUUGCUGACCUGCAGGGCAGAGCGGACGAUGACCCCGGUGUGUACUGGGAGUUUUACGGCAGCGCAGUGUGCGAGCCUGCCGAUGACUCGUCUGGUUAUGACAUCCUAGCCAACCCACCUGGACCCGGCGAAGACGAGGAGGAACAGAGAGAAGUUUUUGAGUUUGAAUUUUCCGACCGGCCGCUGCUGCCGUGCUACAACAUCCAGGUGUCUCUCUCGCAGGGACCUAGAAACUGGUUGCUGCUCUCAGACGUUCUCAAGCGCCUGAAGAUGUCUGCCAGAACGUUUCGCGCCACAUUCACGCACAUCGAGGUAGUGACUAUAGCCGAGGCGGAAUUCUACAAGCAGGCGUCUCUGAGUCAGCUGUUCUCUUGUCCGGAAGAGCUCGAGGGAUUCAUGCCCGACAGCAAGGAACUCUUGGAUCUGGUGGAAAUCAGCGCCGAGCUGGUGGCGCUGCUGGGGUCGUCGCUCGAAUGCUUGGACGACCGCUGGGAGCCAGUAUCCAGACCACGCUCAUGAGCUUCUGAACAUGCACGCACACUCAUACUGACUCUCGGAAGGACCCUUGGAGACCUGUGGUGAACUUAAAGCAAAAGAAAAAGGAUAUUCUGAGGCAGUUCUUGACAUUUCAAGGAACUUCUGGACUGGUAGCCAAAGGCGAAAUUGGGUCCCUGUGCAGCUAAUCUUUCUGUUUGGCUUCGAGAAGGUUUCGGAACAACUCUUGCGCUCUUCUUGCUUACUAAUUCUCCUGGUGACGAUGCAAACCUGUACAUAGUGUACCGUCUGCAGAUAUGGAAAGAGAACGUACCUGAGAAUUGGACCAAUGUCUCUGGCUAACUCUGAGAUAUGAAGCCAUGCUCGCAACGAAGAACUCUUUCAUUUAAAAGAGAUGUUUUCUAAAUAAGAAUAUAAGUAUAUAUACAGUCACUGUAUUUUAAUUGUGUGUAUUAUAAAUAGAUAUAUAUAUAUAUAUAUAAAUAUAUAUAAAUAAAUAAAUGUGUUUAUGCGUAUGUGUGUAUUAUAUAUAUUAUAUAUAUUAUAUAUAUAUAAUAUGCGCUGCCUUUUUUGUCUUGUUUAGUCAGGUCUUUAUUUUAUAAUUGGAGUUACAAUGUUGUAAAUACAUAAUCGGGUUGAAAUGGGGUUUUAAUUGUGAUGUCAACUUUAGAGGUGUACAGAGGCCAGAAGCCCCUUCGGUUCAUCAAGAGUUAAUUAGCGCACUUCAUCAGCGAUGUUCCUCUCCUGGAGUAGAUGUUCUUAUGGUGUUGACCCAGUAACCAGUGUGGGAUUUUUCGGUCUCCCGUGUUAAACUCUAAUCUACAA